AAAGGUGCUAGCUCCAGGAUAUGGCUUGGCCGAAAACUGCGUUUUCGUCAGCUGCGCAUUUGGACAAAGUAAUCCUAUUCUUGUUGAUUGGCAAGGAAGAAUCUGCUGUGGAUAUGUCCAGCCAGGAGAUGCUGAUGUUGACAUCAGAAUUGUUGAUCCUGAGAGUGGCGAAGAGCUUCAAGAAGAUGGAAAAGAAGGAGAGAUUUGGAUAAGUAGUCAAAGUUCAGGAAUUGGGUAUUGGGGAAAGGAUGAACUGAGCCAAAAAACUUUCAGGAAUGAGCUUCCAAACCAUCCUGGAAGAAACUUCACAAGAACUGGUGACUUGGGAAGGAUAAUAGAUAGGAAGCUAUUCAUCACAGGAAGAAUCAAGGAUCUGAUCAUUGCAGCUGGGAGAAAUAUAUACUCAUCAGAUGUUGAAAAGACAGUUGAGAAUUCAUCCGAAUAUCUUCGUCCCGGGUGUUGCGCUGUCAUUGGUGUCCCUGAGGAGAUUCUAUCAGCAAAAGGUAUUGCCUUGCCUGACGGGUCUGAUCAAGUUGGCCUCGUUGUGAUUGCAGAAGUAAAGGAUGGUAAAUCAGUUAGCAAGGAUGUGAUUGAGCAUAUUCAAACUCGUGUUAUAGAAGAACAUGGAGUUAGUGUUGCUUCUGUCAAGUUGAUCAAGCCAAGAACCAUCAGCAAAACAACAUCAGGAAAAAUCAAGAGGUUUGAGUGUCUCAAACAGUUUGCAGAUGAAACACUGAACUUGGUGCCACAACCUCUCUUGACAAAGAAAAAAUUGGUAAGGUCAUUUACUACUGGAACUUGCAAAGAUGGAAGAACACCAAGGUCCAAUGUAGCAAAGAACAAUCUUGGAACUAGCCAAAGAAUCAGCAACAAGGAAAUUGUGGAGUUCUUGAAAAAGCUUAUUUCUGAGCAGGCAGGAAUCCCAGAAAGUGACAUAUCAGUCACAGAUAACAUAACAUCUUUUGGUGUUGACUCAAUUGGUGUUGUCAAAGCAUCACAAAAACUCUCAGAUUUUUUGGGAGUUCCGGUUGCAGCUAUUGAUGUCUUCACUACUUCUUGCAUUCAAGAGUUGGCUAACUUCUCAGAAAAUCUUCUAUUCAAGUCUAAGCCACAACUUGUUAGCAAUCCAUCCAAUGCUUCAGAAGAAGAUAUAGAGAUUGCUGAAUUGGUUAUGGAUGUGUCCAAGACUCACCAAUGGGGUAUUCGUUUACUUCAACUCCUAGCACUUUUCUAUAUUACUCUCAUGCUGGUUUUUCCUGCUUACAUAUCCAUCACUGCUUUUCUAAGUUUCAAUCAAAGUAUCAGUGCAUUAGUGGAAGGAAUUUCAUGGUCAAACUACUUAAUUUCUUUGACUUUGGCACCCCUUUCUUGGAUCCUAUGCAUUGCUUCUACUAGCAUUUGCAUUUCAAUUUUUGGGAAUUCUUUCUUGAGGCCAAACUAUGCCCUUGUUCCUGAAAUCUCCAUCCAUUCAAUGGAUUUUAUCAAGUGGUGGACACACUAUAAAACUCAAGAAAUUGCUUCUAGAGUCCUAGGAGUACACCUCAGAGGAACAACAUUCCUUAAGUAUUGGUUUGAGAUGCUUGGUGCAAGAAUUGGAUCCUCAGUUUUGCUCGAUACAGUUGACAUCACAGACCCGUCUUUGGUCUCAAUUGGAGAUGAAGCUGUCAUUGCUGAAGGGGUUUUGGUUCAAAGCCAUGAGGUAAAGAAUAGGAUCUUGAGUUUCAAUCCAAUUAGGAUUGGAAAAAGUUCUUCAGUUGGACCUUAUGCUGUUAUUCAAAAAGGUAGUGUUAUUAAAGAUGGUGCUGAGGUACAACCCUUGCAAAAGGUUGAAAAAGGACAGCAUGUGCUCAAGCCUACAAAGCUUAAUAAUGUUAAAGAGAGUGCAACAAUGCUAAUUACUACAGACAAAAAUGAAGCUAGUGCUAUCUACCAAUUGAUGGGGAUCUAUGUUGUUGGCUUUGUAAGCGCUCUUGCUGCAGCCAUUACAUACUUUCUCUACACAAGGCUCUUCCAAAAACCAACAUCAUUACAACACUUUUCAUUCAUGUGCAUAAGUGGGGCUUUCCACUGGAUUCCUUUCACUAUUAUUGCUUAUGCCACCAUGCUUUCUGAAUUCCCAUCAAGUGCCAUUGUAUUCACCAUUUCACUGGCAUGUGCUUACUUGCUUCAUGGUCUCAUUCUCAGCAUUCUCACAUGCUUCUUCAUUCGUCUUCUUCAUGGUCAAAAGCAAAACCACUUUAAAACAUGGCUUCGAAAUCAAUUGAGUCUUUCCUGCCACCUUAGAUUUGCAAAACUCCUCACAGGAACAGAAGCUUUUUGUGUAUAUUUGCGCCUCUUAGGUGCAAAAAUUGGCAAGCAUUGUUCUAUAAGAGCCAUCAACCCAGUUUCAAACCCAGAGCUCAUGGCAAUUGGUAAUGGUGUUCAUCUUGGUGAUUUUAGCAGAAUAAUCACCGGUUUCCAUUACUCAAACGGAUACACUUGUGGAAAAAUAGAGGUUCAAGACAACUCAGUUGUUGGAAGUCAAAGCAUUAUUCUCCCUGGUUCUCAUGUUGAAAAGAAUGUCAUUCUAGGAGCACUUUCAAUUGCUCCAAUGAAUUCCAUACUCCAUGAAGGUAGCAUGUACAUUGGAUCUCAAACAAGGGUUAUUACCAAAAAACCCACAAGUGGUUUAGAUGAACGAAUAGAAGAGAUGGACAUGGCUUACAAGAAAGUAGUAAGUAACUUGUCUGCAAAUUUAGCCACCACAACCAUGAAUGCUAAGGCAAGAUAUUUCCACAGAAUUGGAGUUAGUGGAAAAGGGUACCUAAAAAUGUAUGACAAAAUUGAUGGAAUUCCAAUGCACAAGAUUUUCCACCCUGGAAAGAGCUACCCUAUCUUGAUCCGACAUAGCAAUAGCUUGAGUGCUGAUGAUGAUGCAAGAAUUGAUGCACGUGGUGCAUCUCUGAAGAUACUCUCUGAUGAACCUGCUUCUAACAAUGCUCUCUUUGAUCUUACAUUGAAGACAGGCAAGGCAUUUUAUGCAAGAACUUUGGCUGAUUUUGCAAGUUGGUUUGUGUGUGGACUUGCUGCAAGAGAGGAACUAGUUAAGAAAUUCCCACAUCUUCGUGAAGCAGUGUGGAAUUCUCUUAGAAAUGCUAACUCAUAUGCUGAAUUGCAUUACUACUCCAACAUUUGCAGGCUCUUGCGCUUCAAUGAUGGACAAGAAAUGUAUGUGAAGUUCAAGUUAAGACCCUAUGACAAAAGCAUUGGUGAGAACACAGGUAUGGUUAAGCCAAUUGGGAUUCUUCCACCAGAAACAGGUGCUAUUCCAAGGGAUGAAAAUGAUAAACGCCCUCUUCUUUUCCUUGCGGAUGAUUUCAAGAACCGCGUGAGUUCACCAGGUGGAGUUCAUUAUGUUUUCCAAAUCCAAGUUCGACCGGUGCCGGAUGAUGAAGCCACACGUGAUGUUGCUUUGGAUUGCACAAGACCAUGGGACGAAAAUGACUUCCCUUACAUUGAUGUUGGAGAGAUCAAUAUCACUGAGAAUCUUUCUAAGGAAGAAUCAGACAUGUGUGAGUUCAAUCCUUAUCUCAAAAGCCAUGAGUUAGAUGUUAUUCCUGCUACUUCUAACUCUCAAAGUGCUUCAAUGGAUCAUGGUCGUUCAUUGAUCUAUGAGAUUUGCCAGUAUGUUCGCAACAAGCGACCGCUCCCAGAAUCUUGGAGGAACCUUAUUGAGCAAUCCGUGGUUAAGGUUGACUUAUCAUGUUGUCCAAUGGCGGCAGCAGCAUCAUUGCCUAAAAAGCAGCCACAAAAAGUAACAUUGACAAGAACUUGGUAUCAAACUUUCUCAGCACUCUUCAUUCAACCUUUUCUUCAAACAGUUUUACCUCAUGCUGUGAUUGGUUUAUCUAUUUAUGCUCCCUUGUGUUGUAUUGUAUACUUAAAGAAUGCCAAUGGAUUCCCACUGCAUUGGAUGCUUCCAAUAUUUUGGAUUCUCUCAGGUGUUAUGGCUGCAUUGGCUUGUGUUAUAGCCAAAUGGAUUCUUGUUGGAAGAAGGAAAGUUGGUGAAACAAUACCUCUAUGGAGCAUAAGGAUCAUCAUGGAUAGCACAUGGCAAGCCAUAAGAACAUUGAUUGGAGAUUAUUUCAUGGACAUGACAAGUGGUUCAUUUUUAUUUAUGGUUUGGAUGAAGAUGAUGGGUGCAAGCAUUGACAUAAUGGAUGAUGGUGCUUAUAUAGAUAGUAGCAUGGGAUCUUUGUUGAACCCUGAAAUGGUAAAGAUUGAGGGAGGGGGUUGUGUGGGAAGAGAAGCAUUGCUAUUUGGACACAUAUAUGAAGGUGAUGAAGGUGGAAUAGUAAAGUUCGGAGAAAUUAAGAUUGGUGAAGAUGGGUUUGUUGGGAGUAGAGCUGUGGUUAUGCCUGGUGUUCAUGUGGAGAAUGAGGGAAACCUAAGUGCCUUAACACUUGCCAUGAAAGGUGAAAUCAUUAGGUCAAGAUAAACACACGUAAUCAUGGUUUUGAAUUGCGGUUGUUGUUCUAGUUGUCGUUGCAUGCAUUGUGAAACUAUGAAAAAAUUUACUUCAACAGUUUAAAAUAAGGGUGAAUUCUAU